GUGUCAUUUUGAGUGACUAUUUUUUUUUUUUUUGUAAAUAUGUACAUAUUUUUGUAACUAUUAUUAUUAUCAGUUUUGUCAGCAGUGAUUUCAAGAUUAAAAAUUGGUCAGAGUGAAAGCGGAAUAAAUUACAAUUGGUAAUUAAUUAUUUAUAAAUUUAUAAAUAUCGGAAAAAAUGAUCAAAGACGUGGAAAUGGGAAACUGUAACAACAGCAGUGGAACUAGACAGCGGAGGUACUUUCCAAGAUUUUCUCUCAGGACUCUUUUGUACUCCAGUCCGCUGAUUGGCAGGAGGAUUGUCAGGACUGCCAGUUCUAAUAAUCGGAGCAAAGGUAAAGAUAGAACGAGUGAUGUUGAAGGUGGUGACAGCAAGUCUACUACUAAUUCCAAUAAUUUUUCACCAUGUGAUUUAUAUCGGGCACCUAGUCGUGGUUCUGUAUUGAGUUCUACUGCUGGAAAGAGCUCUGAAAAUAGAUUAUUUGAAUGUCCGCUGUGCCUAGCAGAAUUACCAAACGAAGCAUUCCCAUACAUUCAAACGUGUCUUCACCGCAGUUGUUACGACUGCUUCCAGCAGUAUUUAAAAGUUGAAAUUUCUGAGUCCAGAGUUAACAUCGCUUGUCCAGAAUGCGCUGAACCUUUGCAUCCAAAUGACAUAAGAAUGAUCCUUAAUGAUCGAGUUCAGCUGGAAAAGUACGAAGACUUCAUGGUUCGUCGUGUUCUCGCGGUGGAACCAGACGCUAGAUGGUGCCCCGCGCCGGACUGCAGUUUCGCGGUGAUCGCUUCAGGAUGCGCCAGCUGUCCUAAAUUGCACUGUAAGCGUCCAGGGUGUGAUUACUACUUUUGCUACCACUGCAAGGCGCGAUGGCACCCUAAUCAAACUUGUGACGCUGCUCGUGCUCAAAGAGCUCAGCAUUAUGAUCGUAGCUCUUCUAUGAGCUUUAGUCAGAGCGAUUCUCAGCACCGUGAUGAUAUAAAACCUUGUCCAAGAUGUCAAGUUUUAAUUGUCAAAAUGGAAGAUGGAAGCUGUAAUCAUAUGAUUUGUGCGGUUUGUGGUGCUGAAUUUUGCUGGCUGUGUAUGAAGGAAAUAAGCGAUUUACAUUAUUUAAGUCCAUCAGGAUGUACAUUUUGGGGUAAAAAACCCUGGUCAAGAAAGAAAAAAAUUCUUUGGCAAUUAGGAACCCUAGUCGGAGCUCCAGUUGGAAUUGGACUAGUUGCUGGUAUUGCUGUACCUGCUAUGAUAAUCGGUAUUCCAGUAUGGGUCGGCCGCAAGCUUUACGCCCGUUACUGCAAUGUAAAUAAACACAAGAGAAAUGCAUUUAUAAUUGGCGGUGUCACUGCAUCCAUUCUGGUCUCACCAGUCCUAGCAGGCUUAGCCGUAGGAAUAGGAGUUCCAAUAUUGUUAUUCUACGUCUACGGCGUGGUACCAGUGUCGCUUUGCCGAAGUGGUGGUUGUGGAGUGUCAACAGAUGGCUCUGGAGUGCGGUUCGACUUUGACGACGAGAACGAGUUGAUGGGGGCGCUGGGAGCGCGGAACAUAGGAGAUGCCGCGUCAAUCGACGUAGCGAGCCACCGCGGAGGGAAUCCAUCUAUCGGCGAAGCGUCUUUGUCUCUCGGAAGCGGCAGCCAGCUGGAGAAACUGGGCCGUGAGAACGACCGCGAGAGCGCUAGCAACGUCGCUUUGGCGGGAACAAGCUUGGCUGGCAGCAUUGCCUCGAGUGUCCUUCCUGGAGGUCAAAGAUUAGAGGUCCAAGCUGACGUAACCUCGACCCAGCGAUUCAGCCUGUGCAGCGAGACCGCUUCAGCUGCUACAAGCUUGUCAGAAAAAUCCGUCAAUGCUUCUAUAGCCGCCGAUGAUGGCGCUGCUUCUACCCGAGCUCUAGCCGGGUCUGUUCUUAAUUUUAAAAUGGAUACUACUAAAUCCGACGCCAUUAAUGAAACAACGAAUUCGGUUAAUGUUGAGUCUGCUGGUCAGGCCGCUUCUCUCAGCUCGCUGGAGGAAAUUGCUGCUGGAUUGGCCAAAAGGGCUCGCAGAAGGCCCACCUUGGACCGCCAGCACAGUGACUCGAGUACUUGGACUCCUGGAGCUAGUAAUGGUGGCAAUGAAGAUGGCGGCUCAGAGAGGGUUAGGUUUGAUGAUCAUGUCAGUUUUAUUGAGGCUGAUGAUAAUAAGAGGGACGACAGGGCCCUUAGUUUGAGGAGUAAGAAGAAGAAGGACGCUGAUGAUGGUGAUAAUUUUAAAUUGGCUAGAAGCCAAAUAUCAAACGACGAGCCAGAAUCAUUAGAACUAGAAGUCCGUGACAAAACAAACGUAGCAGCACUGCGGAGCAUUUUCUUCCACAACCAGACCUCUUCAGCCGUAAGUGAAUCUAAUAAACGUUUGCCAGUUAUUGAGGAGCCAAGCCCGGCCUCUAGUUCAACUACGCCAACAUCGCCAACAUCGAUUCCAACCGGGAACUCUGUUACAAACUCUGCUCCCGUCACAGUCAUCGCUCUUGACUAAUUAAUUAAAUUAAUUAAAUAAUAAUUCAACGGGUGGGGGAAGUUUGUAAUUAAAAAAUUAUUUUUAAAAAAAAAAAAAACAUUU